CCUUGUAUCUGCUAUUACCACGCCUUGUGAUUAUUGCUCUGCGUCUCUGGUUUGACUUAUUUUCUACUUUGAAUUUUGCCCUUUCCAUAUUCCCUCCCAGAUAUUUUUUGUGCCUCGUCUGACCACUGCCUAUUUUGUGAUCCUGCCUUUUGCCUUACAAUUUGGAUUUGUUUGCCUGAAUAAACUCUCUUCCAGCUUUAAUAUCCGUCUUUUGCCUGCAUUCCUGACAAGAGGUUUUUCUGUUUGCUGCAAUCAUCAGAAAUUUUCUUUUCAGAAUUUCACAUUAUUAUGGCUACUAGAUUUCAAGAGGCAUCGGAGGUUUUACGUGAUGUCAUCAAGAAGAGUCAAUUAAUAGCUUCUCAUCCUGAUGGUCCACCUGCACGAUAUCGUCUCCUCACAACCAGAUGUAAUUUUGAUCGAGAUGGUGCAGUGAGAAAAUGGACAUUUGGACAGCAAAACAUCAAAAUGCAAAACAAAAUCCUACUGAUGGUUGGAGAAACUGGAGCAGGCAAAACUACUCUGAUCAAUGCCGUGGUAAAUUAUAUACUUGGAGUGAAGUUUACAGAUGAAGUAUGGUUUGAGAUUACAGAAGAGGGAAAAAAUAAUCAAACCUCAGAUCAGACAGAAACACAAACAACUCAAAUCACUGUGUAUGAGGUCUUUGCCCAGGACUACCCAAUCUGUCUGACCAUUAUUGACACUCCAGGUUAUGGAGACACCAGGGGAACGGAUAUGGAUAAACAGAUUGCUAAGAAUCUGUGCAAACUGUUUCGCAAUGACAAUGGAGUGAAAGAAAUCGACGCAGUGUGUCUGGUAGUGAAGGCAUCCGAGAAUCGACUCUCUGACAGACAGCAUUACAUCUUUGAUGCAGUUUUGUCCUUAUUUGGUAAAGACAUAGAGAACAACAUUGUCAUUUUUGUCACUCAUUCAGAUGGAAUGCCUCCAACAAAUGUGAUGAAUGCAAUUAAGAGAGCAGAGAUUCCCUGCAGGAAAGAUGAAGAAAAUGAACCCGAGUGUUUCUUAUUCAACAAUCGUCAAUCUGAGAAAAGGAGCAAAAAGUAUAAGAAACCGCUCCAGGCAGCUUGGGAAACGACAGAGGACACAUUAAAUGAGUUCUUUGCCUCCCUGAAAGAAGAGAACAGAAAAAGCUUAGAGCAGACUGAUAAGGUUCUGGCUGAGUCCAAACGACUUGAAGCCUGUAUUUCGAACCUGCAAGAACGUAUUGACUUUGUAGAGUGCAAAAGUAAAGAACUAGCCCAGAUUCAGAAAGCCCUUGAGGCAAACCGAGAAAAGAUUGAGAGAAAUGAAAACUUUACUUUUGAAGUCACCACAAAUUACAAAGAAAAAGUACUCAUUGAAAAUGCUUUAUGGGGGGACAGAAAGGCCACCAGUUGCUCUCAGUGUGAAGAGAACUGUCAUGAGUAUGGCUGCUGGGUUGCCUGGAAUGCUUCGUGGUGUGAAGUCAUGAAAAAUAACCACUGCAUAUCAUGUACAGGUAAAUGUCACUAUACUAAACAUGUCAGAGAGAACAAGAAAUAUGUUACACGCAGCGGAAAGACCACAGUGACAUAUGAUGAGCUCAAAAAAGAAUAUGAAACUUGCCGUAGUUCAGCAUCAAAUAUCGAGUGUGAUUUAAAGUCCUAUGAAAAUGUCAAAAAUGAAUUCGAAAGUGACAAGAAACAGGAAGAGAAGAUGACAAGCAUAGAGAAGAGACUGAAAGAAGAGAUAACCAAAAAAGAAAAGGAAAAAGCUGACCUGGUGGAAGAAGCCCACAACGCCAUCAUGAAACUGUCUGAGAUAGCUUUAAAGCCAGACUCUGCUUUCAUUGUUCAGGGUCUUGACUUCUUGAUCCCUCGUGCUGAAGAAACUGGAAGAAACGUCCUUGCAAAUAAUCUGAGAGAGCUGAGAAAAAUUAAACCUGAAUCAGAGGAAAGAGUUAAUGCUGCAGUGGGGUAUGCAAGACCAGGUCUCAAUAAAGGGAAAAAUUUUUUCUGGUCAAAAUGAAUUAAAUGUGGCUGUGUAACAGGUAAUACAGAAGGAAUUAUAAACAUAUCAGAAUCAAGCGUGCAAGUUUUGUUCAGUUAAUGAAAUGCGUUGCGUUUAUUCAUUAAUGCUGUUGUUCAAGAUUUAGUCUUUUACUUUGUUUAGGUAAUCAUUUAGAACUUUCAUGAUGAUUCAUUAUGAAUGUGUUAUGGAGUCCCUGAAGAAACAUGGAGGGGGGAAAAGAUCUUCAAUACUUUUGUGAGAUCUGAUUUUUUUAUGCAGGCCAAGGAACUUCCAGAUUAUUUUGGCAACAUGAAAACCACAACAAUGGAGCGCGCACAGACCAGUGGGUAAGGUUCAGAGAAUUUUGAGAUUGGCCUUAAAUAUGAAGAUAUUCAAUCCAUUUUGUAGAUAUGGAUUUUGUUUCUUUGUGUGUGUGUGUGUGUGUGUGUGUGUGUGUGUGUGUGUGUGUGUGUGUGUGUGUGUGUGUGUGUGUUUUCA